AUGCGAGCGAAUCAGACUUUGAAGCAGAAAAUCCGCCGGCUAGAAUUGAGGGAGGCAAAACGCAAACAUGCCCAAGUGACCGAGAUUGACACAAACCCCUUGCAAAUUGAACGUAUCAAGGGGGGUACUGGCAAACGGUUGACUUUGCAAUCGUUCAUUGCUCUCGCCAUACGGCGGAAUUUUGGAAAUUGUGCGACAGCAGACGUAGGGGCCAUGCUCCUUGAGGACAUAAGCAGAUUCACUGUUUGUCGCUCGGAAAGCAAGACCGGCACGGCCCUGAUUGCAUCAUCCCGGUUGUUCUUCCAUGCAAUGCUUGGUGAUCUCACAAAUCCAUCCACUGGCGCUUUUAAGCUCGUGAUCCACUCGUUCCUUCAAGAUGCAACAAAUGCUGGCAUAUUGAAGGGCUCAAAGUUGUCAGCUCUUAUCCUGCGGAGUGCUUUUCUGAAAGAACAACCUCCAGGGGACGACGUCAACAACCAUUUUUUGGACGAGGGUUGGCAGUUUGAUGACUGGUUUGAUCGCAUCAUCCGAGUGGCUGACGUGUUGCCAGUCGUUGCGGGUGAUUCUGGAGUUACCGUCGCACAGACUUUGAAGCAGCUAGAAGGUCCAAAUGAGAUUGGGGCGAGAAAGAUUGUACAGUCAGACCUCAAAGAUUUGGAUUCGGUCAUGUUCACCGAAACAACAUGCUUGGAGCAUUCGCAACAUCUAGUGUCUUUGGCGUGUCUCAAAGCUGCUGAUGCAAUGCUGCAUGACUACCGAUCAUGGAAGUAUUAUGCCAGCCUAGCAACCAGCUCAAAUGUGUGCCGGCUGAUGGCAAGGAAAAUUUUUGACUUGUGGGCUACGACUUAUGGGUUCCAAUCUGCCAAGAAGGACUGCAAACGUCUUUGGCCCAAAGCAUGCGCAGGGCGUUGGAGUGGAUGUGACAAGCCAGAGAAACGUUUCCUGUCUUGUACCCAAGAGAGAUUGGUGCCAGUGUUGUCCAACAUACUACAAGGGCAAACGGUCACUAGGAACACCACUGGUGGCAUGAAUUUGGAUGAGCUUCAGAUUGAGGAAAGCAAAGCUUAUUCAGAGAAGAUGACAAGAUGGAAAAAGAAAAUGUUUGAAGUGGUCAAUGAUGAUUUGUGGUGGCGCUGUCUGGGAAUUAUGAACGAGGUUCGCCAGCCUUUGAGCCACCUGUCAAACUACCUUCAGCAACGCCAGGGAGAAUGGGGACACAUUGCGCAACUUUGUACUGGAAAGGCUGAUUCCAUUUCCCAGGAAUUUUGGGAAGUCUGGAUGGACAACCUUAUGCAUGCAGCCAGCGGCUACAACCGAAAGGUCAAGAAACCUUUGGAGCGUGGCGUCUACAUCUUAUUCUGCUUGGCGGAGGAUUUGCCACGCAGCUUCAGUCUCUUGAAAGCAGUCGCAAAUCACAACAUUCUCACAGUCUCACAACAGUAG